AUGUCCAAAUCAAUUGUGAACACGAACCCUUAUCCCUUUCACUUCGAGACAAACAGCCUGCCAAAUGUCAAGAAGAGCGGCGACCGCGCAACCAUAAGCUUAGACAGCUCUCGCGGACGGAUUCCGUCCCUGCAGGCGUCCAAGCUCCGCUACCUUAUGCAGGAAGCUCAUGAUGACCCUUCCAAAAUCAUUGCACACGUCUGCAGCUACGAUGCUCUCAGCUCUCGACUUUGCGAGGAAGCCGGAUUUCCCAUUGUCUUCCUUGCUGGCUACGCCAUGGCUUCUGCUUUUGGCCUGCCUGAUACAGGAUACAUUGCAUUCCAGGAGGUCGCAGCGAAGGUCCAAGAAGUUGCACGAGUGACCAGCGUCCCGAUUCUUGUGGAUGGCGACACUGGAUACGGCGGUCCUAUGAACGUCAGAAGAACUGUGGAAGGCUUCGCAACAGCAGGAGCUGCCGGUAUCAUGAUUGAGGACCAGACUUGGCCGAAGAGAUGCGGUCACACCGCUGGCAAGAGUGUGAUCUCCAGAAGUGAGGCAUACGCCCGAUGGCAGGCUGCAGUGGAUGCAAGGAACGAAGGAUUGGAUAUCUGGAUCAUGGCUCGAACCGACAGUCUCAUUCUUGGGUAUGAUGAGGCGCUUGCCAGGGCCAAGAAGGCAAUCGAGAUUGGAGUCGACGCUGUCUUUGUAGAGGCCCUUCCCGAUCGUGAGACCAUGGCACGCCUGCGGAAGGAUCUCGACUUCCCCCUUUUCGCCAACAUCAUUGAGGGCGGAAAGACGGAGAACCUUUCCGCGAAGGAACUGGGUGAACUCGGAUAUUGCGGAGUGGCAUAUCCAUGGACACUCGUCGCAGCCAAAUUGAGAAGCAUUCGGGAAACACUGGAGGCACUCAAGGGUUCCCUCACCGUCGGCAAACCACCAACCGUUCUUUCCUAUGCAGAAGUGUGCGACGGUGUUGGAUUCAACAAAUACUUUGAGCUGGAGGAACGGUACCAAUACGAUGGCAGAACAAACGGAGCCAACGGACAUCAGUGGAAGAACUAG